GCAAAAUAACCAACAACAACACAACGACGACGACGACGGCCAAUAAUUGACGCGCCUUUCAUGUAAACAAACGGAAAGGCUCGACGCGUAGCGCUUGUUUUGGUGCAUUUUUGUUCGGACCCGCUUGAAAUGGCCCGCCGGAAUGUGUGGACGCCGGAGGAAACCCGGGAACUGCUGGCAAUCAUCAAGGAGCUGGAUUUGAUGAAGCUGUUCGGCGAGGAGCGCAACACCAAGCUGUACCAAAUCACGGAGAACGAGAUGAAACAGCGCGGGUACUUCGACAAGGACGCUUUUCAGAUCGAACACAAGUGGAAAAAUCUAAAGCGUUCGUACUACAAAACAAAGCGCGAAAACUACCUGGCAGAGUCGUGCGAAUAUUUCGAGGAACUGGACGAGCUGAUGGCCAUGAAGCCACCGGCACCGUCGAGUUCCAAAGGCAAAGAAUCUGCCAGCCAACCGAAGCGACCGAGAGCGGUGCUGGAAAACUUUGACGUGCUGCUAACCAAGCUGGCCAAGGUGGAUCGGGAAAAUAACGAAGAGUUUUUCAAAAAACAGAAAGACCUAGUAGACUACGAAUUUGACCUGUUCACGCAUGACGAGCGCCAGUACACGACGAAGGUGUCGCAAAUGCUGAACCGCAACAUGAACGAUUUCUGCGUGAAAGCGCAGCAGAUUUUGUUGCAGGAAGGGGUGGUGAUACGGAUCAUCGAUGAAACGCCCACCAUGGAGGAUAGUACGGAGGAGCUCGAGCUGCAAUCCAGCGAGCAGCUGGCGCACCCGGUUGUGAAGAAGGAAAUUGUGAAGGAGUUUUACCAAACGUGGCGAGAGGAGGAACCAUUCUAAAGUAGCGGGUGGCGCUGACGUCUACCGUUUCUCCGGCACACACAUGCUAAAUGAUAAAUAUUGAAAACGAAAAUUCAAUUAUGCUAAGUAAAUUGUAAUCAUAUUUAGUUUAUUCGUCUCAAUAAUCAUAGCUUAACAAAUUGCA